UCCCAAAACAACCUCACCAUCGUUGCCAUGGUGAAGGCGGUCAACAGCAGUAACAAGAGUGAGGCGGAGGAUGUCUGUGGUUUUGGCAGCGAUGGCGAGGAGGACGAAUCUUUCGUUGGAGAGUUUGAGUGGAACGAGUGGACUCAGAGUCUUAUCACCGGAGCCUUCUUCUGGGGAUACAUAUGGACACAAAUUCCAGGAGGCAGACUGGCCGAGGUCUUUGGCGCUAGACGGGUAUUCGGGGGCGCCCUCACCUGCGCGGCUAUCGUGUCCUUUUUCAUCCCCCUGGCGGCCAAGUCGGGACCCGUGACCCUCAUCGUCGUCAGGGUUAUUCUGGGGUUGUCGGAGGGCGCCACCUUCCCCUCCACCCACGCCCUGCUGGCCACGUGGGCGCCGCCCCUCGAACGGUCCACGCUCUCAACCAUCAUCUACGCCGGCUCGCAAGCGGGGACUAUCAUAGCCUUCCCUCUAGCGGCGGCAAUCAUCGACUCCCUGGGUUGGGAAGCCGUUUUUUACAUCCAAGCCGGUUUGACACUGGCUUGGUGUCUGGCUUGGUUCCUGGUUGUGUCCGAUAACCCAUCUACAGACAAGCGCAUCACGGAGGUCGAAAGGGACUAUAUAUACGCUGCUCUUGGGGACAGCAAGGAGAGACAGGCUCCCCCGGUACCAUGGACAAAGGUCUUAACAUCAGUACCUUUCUGGGCCAUUCUAAUAGCUGGCGUGGGGAACAACUGGGGUUUCUACACACUACUCACUGACCUGCCGCUGUACAUGAAGAAUAUGCUGCAACAGGAUAUCAAAUCGAAUGCAGUGUUGUCCGGGAUGCCUUACCUGGGCAUGUGGAUCUUCAGUCUCAUCGUCAGCUGGGUGGGAGACAGGAUGCGCAAAGGGACCUUCUCCACUGCUACAGUCAGGAAGCUCGCGAAUACUAUUGCGCACGUGGGUCCUGCCCUUUGCCUGCUGAGCCUCAUCUUCGUGGAGUGCAACCGCGGCGCCACCAUCGCCAUACUCUUCAGCGCCGUCACCCUCCAGGGCGGCAUCUACACGGGGUUCAUGGUCAACCACGUGGACAUCGCGCCGAACUUCGCCGGGACGCUCUUCGGGAUCACCAACGCCGCCGCCACCAUUCCCGGCUGGGUGGCGCCCAUGACGGUCGGGGCGCUCACCAACGGACAGCAAACGUUCGGGCAAUGGCGCAAAGUCUUCUUUAUCUCCGCCGCUUGGUUCAUCGCCGACGCCUUAUUCUUCCUGAUUUUCGCCUCGGGAACGGAACAGAGGUGGAAUAAGGUUGAAGAAAAGAAAGGAGUGCCCAUAACGAUCGGGAAUGUCAGCGCAAUACAGCUCAACGUGCCUCAAGUUGACCCUGCCUAUGAGGUCUACGUCGUUAACCCGAACUUCAGAAAUACUUACGUCAAUAUGGCUUUUAAGAGAGACUGAGACUUCGUGUAUUCGAGUAUCUUUAUUUAUCUGUAACGUCAAGUUUAUGGAUGUGAGACAAAGACAUUGUGUUUUGAGAAAUAUUGUUUUUUAUUAUUCUACGUAGUGAUCACGGUCUUUUGUAAAUUACAAGUGCAAUAUUUUCUCUUUAUUAGUCUAUCUGUUCAUCUCUCUCUCUUUCUUCCUCUCUCUCUCUCUCUCUCUCUCUCUCUCUCUCUCUCUCUCUCUCU